GGGAACCCAGAACACAAUCAGUGUGAGCCCCCAGCCUGAGAGCAAGGAAGAACUUCUGUCCUGAGGAGUGUGCAGCCACAGACCAGCAAAGUCAACGUUUACAUGAAAUUCCUGGGGCUGACAACAACAUGCAGAUCCUGAUGGCCUGUGGCCAAAGCUGCUGUGCCCUGACUAUCCUGCUGGCAAUUGUGAACUUCCAACAUGGUGGGUGUAUUCGUGUCACCAGCUCAGUAUCCCAGAAGGGAGGGCGACUGGACUUCACCUGUACUUUGUGGCACAAGAAAGAUGAAGCUGAGGGACUAACACUCUUCUGGUGCAAAGACAGACCUUUGAACUGCUCCCCUGAGACCAGCUUAGAACAGCUAAAGGUUAAAAGGGAUCCUGGGACAGAUGGCGACACUGAAAAGUCAUCCCAGUUAGUGUUUGCCAUAGAACAAGCUACAACAUCAGACAGUGGGACCUACCAGUGCUGUGCCAGAAGCCAGAAGCCAGAAAUCUUCAUUCAUGGCCAUUUUCUCUCUGUUCUAGUCACAGAGAACCACACAGAGAUAAGACAGAGACAAAGGUCACACCCUGACUUCAGCCAUCUCAACGGCACUCUCAGUUCAGGCCUCCUGCAAGUAAAGGCCUGGGGGAUGCUGGUCACCAGCCUGGUGGCCCUUCAAGCUCUAUAAACCUUGUGACAAAGAGAAAAAAAAAAAAAACACUUCAGAGGAAAGUACAUCGAGAUAAAUCUGAUAAUGAGCACAGAGAAGGCUGGUCCAUAGAAUGGAUGCUAAGUACUCCAAGCACCUGGAGGGGCCAGCGAGCCGGUCAAACAAGUAAAGGUGCUUCCCUACCGCAUUUCAGGUCAAACCCAUGCACCCACAUUGUGGAGGGACAGAAGCUGUCCUCUGAUCGCCACUGGAGUGCCACACCUCCACCCCAGGCAACAAAAACAUCCCAAGAAUCUGGUAGAACAG